AUGAGAUUGGGUGUAUCAAAGAGAACUGGAGCUACUGACCAUCAAGCUCAAAUACAACCUACAUAUCAAUUGUCAGAAUCAUAUAAACCAAAAUCUGCAAAAAAUACUACUGAUGAAAUUCUUAAUAAGUCUGCAACUUCAAGCAAUAAAAUAGUUGAUUCUCCUGAAAUUACUAAGGCAGAAAAAAUACACAAACUUCUUGAUAAUUAUAAAGCUUCAUUAGAUGAAAUGGACUUAAAUUACAAAUCCAAUAUUAAUAGAAUAGUGAAUAGAAUUGCUGAAAGACUUGAGCAAAGGAGACUUGAUAAGGAAAUUGCUAGUAUUUCUGGUGGAAUUAAUACUCUAAAUAUUAACAAUCCUGUUCCUGGUCCUAUAGAUACUUCUAAUUUGAUACAUGAAAUUGCAACUGAUGAUGAUGAAUAUACUCUCCGAUUUGAAAAUAAAGGACUAUCAAUUGAUAAAAAUUCGAUUAAAAUUAUUCACAAAUUAAUUAUAGAAGAAUUGACUUGUUUGGGGUUAUUGCAAAGUGAAGGCUCUUAUACACCAUCUCUGUCAAAAGAAACUUCUAAGCCUAGUGAAUUCAUAAUGCCACAAAUUUUCAAUAAUUCUAUGGAUAUUGAUCUUGUAAGGAUUGAAAAUGCCAAAGAUUUAACUGCUAUAGAGGGACAGAUAGAGGGAGGAUCAUUUAUUAAUAGAGGUUUAAAUUUUCUCCUAGAAGAUGAUUCAAAUGAUGAUAGUCCCGAUGAAACACAGAGUACAUCAGACCACGAAUAUUUUCCUUCUUCUUCAUCUGAAGCAUCAUAUGAUACUUUUACAAAAAUCAAAAAGAAUGUUUAUACUUUUGAUUGUCUAUGGGUAAUUGACGAUUAUGAUAUCUCAAAAUUAUUAAUGGAAUACCGUGCAUGUGCAAUAAAAAAUUUAACAAGUGAAAAUAUAGAUAUAUCAGAGCUUUUAUCAAUUAAACAUAUAUUUCUCCUAGAACAAAAUGAUAAUGCUGGUAUUCAAAUGUUUUUUGAUUUUGUUAAAUGGAAGAAAAUGUUUGUUCAAAUUGUUUCCGAGUUACCUACAUAUGAGAUAUCAAUUGAUAGUCUGGAGUGUUGUCAUGUAGUCGGAAGAGUUGCAAGUUCAAAUAUCGAUGAAUUCUUAGAGGAAUCAGCACAUCGUAAAAAAAAAUUUGAUCCAACAUUGAUAGGAAAUAAACCAGAUUUUUCAGUUUAUAAUAUGUUCAAAGAGUCUAAUCAUAAUCUUUUAGUGAUGGAAGUAAAACCUGUAAAGCCUAAUACAAAUCCAUUAUUCAGUGAUCUAAGAAAACUUGGCAAUGAGAUGAAAGAUAUAAUAGACAAGUGCAUAGAAGAUGGCAUUUAUGAUGAUAGGAUGGUACACUUGGGAAAGUUCUUUGCACCACGUAAUUGUUAUGAUUUGAGUGUAAUUUCUUCAGCAGUUGAAUUAUUAUCAACAAUAAAGUUUGAGGUCACAAAACAAUCAAAAGAUAAUAAAAUGAAAAGUAUGAUUAGGAAUUCUUAUCAUACACCAAUUAAAUAUGCAGUGAAAAAAGAAAUGGAAAUUAAAAGAACAUUACUGUACAACUUUGAAGAGAGAUUUGGAUAUAAACUUUUGUCUAAGGAUAGAACAAUUACAAACCAACCUAUUCUUCGGCUGCUUGAUAAUGAUGAUUGCGAGAAGAAACUUGAAGUUGAGGAAAGGACAAAAUACGGUUUUUUGAAUUGGGGAAAGUUUAUUGUCGAUUAG